GGGGACCGACAACCAAGCGCUAUCAAUCCUUCUCACUCAUUGAGUACUGAGACUUUUGGACUUCCAGCACACUAUAGGAGGGCCUUUGUAGGUCUAAUGGAGGAAGGCAUACUGGUGGUAGCAGAGGCGGAGGAGGAGACGGACAGCACACAGGCCAAGGUGGAGGCCAAGGUGGAGGCAGAGGAAAAAAGCAGGCGCAGAGGUGGAAGGCAGACAUGGGCAGCCUACGUUGAGCUUGAGCCGGAAGCGGACAUCGGACAUGGAGGCAGAAGCGGAAGCGGAAGCGGAAGCGGAAGCGGACAUGGACAGCAUGUGGAGCCAGAGCUGGAGGCGGAGAGCGGUUGCAGGAGUUUGAAGAUGCACGUGGGAGGCAGACAACAGACUGAGAGCGUCAAAGGCAGAUGGGGAUGUGCAGCACGCGCCACGGCAAAGGUGGAGGCAAACAUGAAGGCAGUGGCUGUGGAAGUACACUGGCAGAGGAGGGGGAAUUGCCAAAGCUAUCGAGCUGUGAGCUGUGACCUGCAUCACUUGCCUAUGGCGUACUUGAAAACUCUGGACUCUGGAGUGAUGAUGAAGUUAAGUGUUUGCAACACUUAGUGGUAGAGGACACUAUUAUACUAAGGCACUAGUGUGAACACUAUACUUCGUGUGUGAAUGAAUUAUACUAAGGCAC